UCCUGGUCCUGGACGAUGUCACGGUCUGCAGUGUUUCUGCCGCGGGAAAAUGUGACUUGUACGGACCUUAGAGGAAGUUAGACGAUUAACUAACUGCACAGAUCGGUUAUUAAAUUAUACUUGAUGUGUUUGCGUGACUGGAGCUGAGUUACGUGCGGAUGUAUUUUAACAGUUGCACUUGAAGAUUAUUAAAGUGUUUUACUUUUUCCACUGCGAUAGUGUUUUUGUGUUCUAGGCUGCAUCUCAGUAUCUUCAGUUUUAUUUCACUUUACCACUGCUUUGAGAAAAGAAGGAUGAGCCGCUACUUUACAAGACUGAAGAAAAGACGAGUGUAUUCCUGGAUUGGGAGGCCAUCCACCAUAGACAGGAAACUUAAACACGUGUUUUAUGAGGGUUUAUGUAUUAAAACUGAUGGGAAUGCUAACACCGGCUGCAUCAGGCCCGGGCACUAUAUCCUGAUUGAAGGAGAUGAAGACCGAUCCUAUGUAGCAAAGCUCCUCAAACUGUAUGACGAUGGCACUGGCACAAGAUCCAGCAAGCAUGCAGAGGUGCAGUGGUUCGUCCGGUUCCACGAGGUCCCCCAGAACAAGAGGAAGCAGCUGGGCAGAGACCCCCACCCCAAUGAGGUCUUCCUGUACGAGAUCCCCAACUGUGACAGUGACAUCGACGCAGAGACCAUCAUCACCACAGUCCAGGUGCAACACCUGGAGGAGGACUCCCCUUUCCCUGCUGCUCAAAGCCAGGAGAACCCUCUCUAUGUCAAGCUGUCCUGGGACGGGAAGAACUUCAGUCCUGUGAAUCUGGACCUGCUGCUGCAGAGCGGAGGUAAACCCAUGCUGCCAGCUAGCUCCCACACAGACAGCCUGCCCAAACCAGAUCUGGAGGUCUCAAGGGGGCUGGCUGUGGACUCUCCAAGCCGACCCACCCGGAGCGCAAGACAGCAGCACAGCUCCACCUCCAAAUACUCUCAGUCCAAGGAGCUCAGCGACAGGCAGCCCAGCAAUGUGAUCUCCACCCCCACCGCGCGCAAGAAGCUUCAGCUCAGCAAUUCUGUUAAGCCCCCGGGGUCCAAGCUGACCCGGGAUGACGUUCUGGCCGAGUUGCUCGACGAGGACAGAGCGGUCAGCUCGCUGGAGGCUGAAGUGACCAGGAGGAGGGCUGUGGCCAGCAAGCCGUCUAGCUCCCCGUCGAAGAAACCUCGAGACCUCUGUAUCCGCCUCUCUCCCAUUCGUGGCGGCCAGAUCACGCAGGACCACCAGCUCGCCAACAGGAUCCAGAUAGGGCCCCGGCUACAGCCAGAGGAGCUGGUCAAGAGAACACUGAAACGAGAGAGCGGGGCAGAGUCCACAGAGGAUUUAGCUGGGAUCUCCCCUCUGGAAAGUAAGGUGCCUGAGGGCUGGACAAGGGGGUCAAACCCCCCCCGUAAGAAAGAAGCGACCCCAAGAAAAAGCAGUGUGAAAUCACAGAGAAAAGGUGAGACUCCCUCGAAGAGAAAAGACUCAAUCAAAAAAGAUGCACCUCUCGAUAUUCUGAUUGAGGAUGGCGGAGAGGCGGGGGGGCCUGUGGUGACGAUGACCCCGAGGUCCAGGAGGAAAUCUGCGCAGGUCUCUUCCGCUCGCAUUCGGCAGCAACUAAAUUAUUUAAACAGGAACCAGAGUACUGACUUUGAUGUCGACGAUGAUGAGGAGGACGUAUUCCUGCCUACAAAGAAGGACCUGAGGAGCAGCAGUGAGGAGGAGAGCGAGAGCGAGAGCGAGAGCGAGAGCGAGAGCGUCACGGGCAGGAGGGGCAGCCGCAGUGCUGUGCCCCGUACCCCCAGAUCCUCUCGCAAGGCCCCGUCCAGAACACCAGCCAAGACGCCCAACAAAACACCACGCAGAACACCCAGCAAAACGCCUGUUCCCAGGACACCGCGAACCCCACGGCACGCGACUCCCAGCAUUCCCAGCAGGACCCAGCCAGCCAGGAAGCCGGGGAAUGUGCUGGAAGAAGCGAGAGCGAGACUGCACGUCUCCUCCGUGCCGGAGUCCCUGCCCUGCAGAGAGCAGGAGUUCCAGGACAUCUUCAACUUUGUGGAGAGCAAAGUCAUGGACGGGACUGGAGGGUGCAUGUAUAUCUCAGGUGUGCCGGGCACAGGUAAGACAGCCACCGUUCACGAGGUGAUCCGCUGCCUCCACCAUGCGGCAGAGCAGGACGAGCUCCCCUCCUUCUGCUUCAUCGAGAUCAACGGCAUGAAAAUGACAGAGCCGCACCAGGCCUAUGUACAGAUACUGCAGAUGUUAACCGGGCAGAAGGCCACUGCAGAGCACGCUGCCGCCCUGCUGGAGAAGCGCUUUAGCACCCCCGCCCCUAAGAGAGAGACCACGGUGCUGCUGGUGGACGAGCUGGACCUGCUGUGGACUCGGAAGCAGAACGUGAUGUACAACCUGUUCGACUGGCCAACACACCGGCAAGCCAAGCUGGUGGUCCUGGCCAUCGCCAACACCAUGGACCUGCCCGAGAGGAUCAUGAUCAACAGGGUGGCCAGUCGCUUGGGUCUCACCAGGAUGUCCUUCCAGCCGUACUCUUACAAGCAGCUGCAGCAGAUCAUCACCUCACGCCUGAACCGGGUCCGAGCCUUCGAGGAUGACGCCCUGCAGCUGGUCUCCAGAAAGGUGGCGGCUCUGUCUGGGGAUGCGCGGCGAUGUCUGGAUAUCUGCCGCAGAGCCACGGAGAUCUGUGAGUUCUCCAGCCAGCGCAGCGGCUCGGGGCUGGUGGCAAUGAGCCAUGUGAUGGAGGCCCUGGAUGAGAUGUUCUCCUCCCCCUACAUCACUGCCAUCAGGUGUGCCUCCGUUCAGGAGCAGAUCUUCCUGAAGGCUGUUAUUGCUGAGUUCCGCAGGCUGGGGCUGGAAGAGGCUACCUUCCAACAGGUGUUCCGGCAGCACCUGGCUCUGUGCCGCGUCGAGGGCCUCUCGUCGGUCUGCAUGUCCGAGGGCCUCGCCACCUGCCUCAGGCUGGGAGCGUGCCGGCUGCUGCUGCUGGAGUCCAGCCACCGGGACCUGCACCUGCGCGUGCGGCUCAACGUGAGCCAGGACGACGUGCUGUAUGCGCUCAAGGAGGGCUAGAGAGGGGAGGGGGAGAGUGCCUGGUACUGAGAGGACCAGCACUGGGAGGUUUCAGGACACUGCAUAAAGAACUGAGGUUUGACUGGGAAUGGAUUUUAUACUGCCCAACCCUAAAGGUAAAAUGAAUUUGCGGGACUAAUGUUUUGGCGAAUGCCUUCAGUAGUGCCGAGCUGAAGAAGCGUGUGGUGUAUAGUCGGUAUACAUUGCAGCUUCAAUCAGGGUGCCCCUGCAACCCUGGAUAUGUACGCUGGGACACCACAGCACUUGUCUUGUACUGGAAUUGUGGCACCAGUGGAGGCCUUUAUCACUGGUAAUUGUUUAUGGAAAAUAUAGUUAAAAUGAAUAGCUUCUUUAAGAAACUUAACUGAAAAAAACCUGACAGUGCAGCAGUGGCUGUGAUGGGCUCUGCUUUCCUGUCACCACUUAUUACCUAGGUACUCCUGGCUGCUGUGCAAUAAGAGUCUUCUUUCCAUCCCUGUGUGUUUCUGUUGUUUCUUUUUAAGUCCCAUUUUCAACUCAAACAACUGAAACACAGCUUUUUAAUAUAGAUGUGUGUUUUUCUCAAUGUGGUCUUAACUAAAAAAAAAGAAUGGACUUGUAAUAAUUGAAUAUGUAUAAUAAAGAAGUUUUAAUUAGA